UCGAGGUUGUAUUGGCGAGAGGAGACCGUUGGACACUUUGACGUGUUCUUAACGCGAGGUCAAGCACUCGACCUCUUGAUUCCCGUGCAUUUGACGCGAAUUUCUGUGUCAGUAAGUGCAUCUUCUCAAUUUGCUAGACUUUGCCAACAAUUUACUUAGUGGAAAAAUCCCGGAGUGUCUCUGAAGCUACAUAAUUCUACAUGGUCCAAGAAUAGCUCCUAAAUUUUGUCGGUUAUGAGUGUUUGGUUUUCUGCCUUCCACUCGGACUCUAAAGUGUUUAUAUUGCUCAAGUUUCCAAGUGCAUAGUUUUCCCACCGAAAGGACUCAAAAAGUGCCUCAUCAAAUGAGAAUAAAGUGAUUGUGAGGAUCAGAGUGGAAAAGUGAGAGAACCCUUAAAAGUAUGUUUCGACUACAUCUCAUCAUAAUUCCCCUGAUUCUGGCAACAGGAGCAAUUGGGGUUAAAAUCCACGAUGUAAAAGUGCCACAGACCUAUAUCUUCGACGAGGAAAAUCCUGAAGAGCUAACCUUGGACUGUAUAUACGAGGUUGAUCCUGAAGAGACGGGUUUUGUUCUUAAGUGGUACCUCAAUGAUCAAUCAGUUUACCAAUGGAUCCCUAGUGUUGGCUCCUUCGCCUUUCCCAUCCUCAAGAAUCGCAUAGAUGCAACUCAUGUAGCAUCUGAGGAUUACCUUCAGAAGCACAGAGCCCUGGCGAUUGUUAACCCAUCAUGGAAUGUUACUGGGAACUACACAUGCUCUGUCCAGACUUUCCAAUCAUCCGAUCGCAAAUCUUCCCACCUUCAAGUCAUCGUGCCAGAGAAGAUUUUCCAUCUGAAGCAUAGCUGUUGCGAUGAGGAUGACACCGUUAACAUAAUUUGUACCACUUCGGGCAUCUAUCCAGAGCCAACGCUCAUCGUACUAUUAAACGAUGUAGCCGUGGGCAAUCAAGUAGCUAAUCGAUCGAGAGCUGAUGAAGACGGUCAUUUUGAGGUCAUCGUGAAUGCCCGUGUGCCACGUCAAAAAAUGGAAUCACCAACUACAAUCAAAUGCAUCCUCACGAUUCCAGACACAAACUAUUCCAAAAAGAAGGAAUCGAUCUUCUAUGACAGACUAACAUUUGUGCCAACAGCAAUGCCUCUGGAUAAGGAGACAAGUGCUAUACCACUCUCAAAAGGAAGUGGUGUAGUUAAUCGAGCAAGUAUCUUUGUCGGAGUCAUCCUUCCACUCCUCACACUUCUUCUGCACUGGACGUAAUGGUAGAUAGGAGCGUAUACCAAAGAAAUGAGUCAGAGAGACAUUUUAUAAAUGAUUGUAUUAGUUCAAUGCCUUAACUACUAACUUUAAAAUAUAUUUUUCCCACUUGAUACUCUCGACAUAAAUCCGAAUGAUUUAUGGAAUAUUUCGCUGUUGAUUCUCGAAUUGUAUUGAAAAAAACUUAUUGUAGGGUGUGAGUUUAUCUUCAUAACCCUAUUUUUUCCGUAAAAUAAUAAAUGAAUAAAUAUAGGUGUGAUUAUGAAGGAAUCACACCUUAAAAGUAUUUGAAAUAUUUAUUGUUAUAUUUUUUUGAAAAAUUUGUUUAGGAGAAACCGGGGGAGAGUUAGUCAGGAGUAGAAUUAGAUGGUGAGGUGUUAUAGUUUUCUUAAGAAAGAAUAUUGAGUAAAUUACCAUUUAUUCAGAGUAAUUAAUUCCCUCUAUUCAUUGAAAUAAUAAUCAGUCUGAUUCAAAUUUACAAAGGCAGGGAAAAAUAUCUUUUCCUGGCUAAUUCUACCCCGAUCUCCCCUAUAGCAAAUACUGAAACAAGAAACAAAUUUUAAGUAGGUCAUCCAUUAAUAAAAGAAUAUUUUUUUACUCGUACUUUCACUUGUAACUGGUCGAUGAUACACUCGUACAUAUAUGUAUGGCUUAAGCUCAUAAAAAAUUUAAGAUCCUAAUAAACACUAUCUUAUUAAAUCAAACUUUGAUCGCUUUGGAAGCUUACAGUUGUAUCCUAUCAAAAAAUUUAAUAAGAUUAAAUUAAAUAAGAUACCUGAUCCACAUAUCGAAUUACAUGCAGGCAAUGUUGCAGAUAAUGGGCACUCAGUGGGUCAAGUUGUAAAGUACUGCUCCUUAAGUGUACCAGGUUCAAAUCCCCUUUAGGCCACCAGGAUUUUUUCUGGCAUUAAAGGUGUUCGUGUAUUGAGUCUUACUGCAUUUGGGUCCACUGGGCAUGAAACUGAUAUUCCCGUCCUAUAGAACGUCGUACGAUCAUUAUUGUAUCAUUAUUAUGUAGAUGCGGAUAACUUGGGCUUCGGGGGGAACUUUUUUUUCGGGUGUAAGCUUUUGUUUCAUUCUAACACUUAAGGAUGAUCUUUACCGAACCGAUGUAUCAUAUUCGUUCGGUGAGAACCAAUAGUGAAGACCAACCGUGAAGACCAAGUAAUAAAAUUAUAGAAAAGUUUACGAACAGCAAAGCAAAGUUACCCCCGAAAGGUCACGAUCAAACGCAUCUACGUUACGUCCAUUGUGAGUCGAUACAGCGAAACGAAUUCAACGAUUUCUAGCGUUUUUAUCCUGUUAAAAAUAUGUUCCUUCGGAAGCACUUAUCGUUAAACCAUUUCUUCAGGAUUUGGAACAAUUGAAAGUCACUGGAGUCAGGUCAGGCGAAUACGGUGGUUAUAUGGGAUCAGUUCAAAGUUCAAGCCCGGCUUCGUCCAAUUUUGCUUUCGUAAAGACCUAAAUAGACUCAAGUUGAUCUUUGGGAGUAUUUUACUUACAAAAUUUGGCAAUGAGGAUUUUUUCCUAAUGCUUUGCUACCAAAUUCAUAAUAAUAAACACAGGGCUAAACAUUCUCGAAGAUCAGGAUCAGGAUUUCGGUUCUCUGUGAACAAAUACGACCGUCAUCGCGCGCAUAGCACCAUCUAACUAAAAAUAUAAUUUAUGAUGGCAAUUCGUAAGUACUUUUAAGUCAAUGUAAUGCCUUAAUUUAACCGUGGUAUCACACUAGAGAAUUUCACAUUAAAAUUUUAAUUUGAUUCACAUCAAUUGUUGGUGAUAUGUGUUCUAAUGUGCAAUUUUCGUCAGGAGCUUUUAGAAAUCGAUUCAUUUAGUGAUAAAAAAGUGGACUCGAGUCACAAAAAUUGGUUUAAAUAUAUUAAAAUAGCAUAAAUGCGAUUGAUAAUUAAUGAGCAAAAUAAUGAGCAAAAUUUGCUCAUUAAAUUUUCAUCGGGUAUCACUUUAUUGCAGUCAUUCGAGUAGUUUCUGCGACACAGUUUUCCCACCAGUUUAUUCGUAAUUAAAUUGUGAUAAAAAGUAGUUCCAAUAUCUAUUAUUUAUCACGAACGAGAUAGAGAAAGGACAAAACACAUUAAAAACAGAUCGACAGAAGACAGUAAAAACAGAACGUCAGAGAAUAAGUAAGAAAAAAAGCUAAACAAAAAUGUGUUCGAUCUACAUUUUAUAUAUUCCUUCAUAAAUUUUUAGGAUUUCGUGGUCAAAUGAGAUGGUGGCCGAAAUAAUUGAGGCUGUGCAUCAUGAAUCUGUCAUUUGGGAGUACAAAAUGCCGGGAAUACAAAAAUAGAGGCGACCGAUCUAAUGGUUUUCAGGCCAUUUUGCGACAAAUUAAAAAGUAGCGUAAAAGUAGCGUACAGGAGGAGAACUUCCUCUUCUACACUGAAAUUACUCAUUUUCACUCAAACGACUGAAAUGCUUCAAAAACAAAAUUAUUCAUUUGACAGCCCGCGUGUCAUUGUGACAUUGAGCAAUUCAAGCAAUGUGUCUUGACUAAAUCAGCGAUUUCGAAUGAUUAUAGAAGUUUUAAUGAGCAACUUUUCACUUUAACUUUAAUGUGAAAUUUUCUAGUGUGAUAACUCCGUAAGGCUUGUAUAAAAACGUAUUACCGAAUCUUUGAAAAUAAAACAAUCUGAAUUUUUACUUUGUAUUACUUGAGAUAUGACAUAUUUUUUGAUUCUCUCUUAAUUUCACUUUGGGGUAGUUCAACACAAUAUCCUAGAUUUUUUAACCCUUCAAAGACGAAUGGGACACCGGUGUCCCAAAAAUUAAAAAUAAAUAUUCAGACUAUUUAGAGGACAAAAUAACUUUCUAUAGUCAAAAAAAAAAUUUUUGUUAUUGAGACACCGGUAUCCUACUCGUCCUUAAAAGGGUUAAUAGUUUUCUGGAAUCCUGACGUACUUUGGGCGGCGUUUUAUCAUUUUUACUUGCUUGGAAAAGACGAAAGUCAUAAAACUAUUAUGCUUGAUGUAUGGUUCAUAUUAGUACUUACUUGCGCCAUCUCUUAGAAUUUAUUGCAGAUAUUUUAAUAUUCUUAGUAUUAAUAAAUAAUAAUUAAAAACUGAAACUUUGCCAUGAGCUUGGUGUGUGCAAAAAACUUUUAAUUGAAUUACAUUAAAAUCGGCAAACUUUUAUAAAGCGUUCUAAGUAAAGUACUUCAUCAAAUGACUAUUAAUAAUAAAUUGAUGACUUUUUCAACUAUGUACCCACUUAUAACACAAUGGAUUACUACUCAUGUGCUCAUAGUAUAAAUAUUAAAUUGCUGCGACACUGCAUGAGGUGCAAUUUAUUUAUUGUGCCUUUAAGAGGAUUUCAGUACCCAAAAUGCACACAAAUUCCUAGUAUUAUUUGAAUUUGUGUCGAGAGGCAAUAUCAAGGAAUUAAAAUUGUGUACAGUCAUGGGAAAAAAUAUAAAUUACUGUAGGGGAGAAGUGUAAAUCAUUAACUCUAAUGAAGGAAAGAGGAUUGUAGUGAAUUAAUGUGUAAAUAUGAAGUUUUUAUUGGAAGGUGGCCCAAUGGAGUAAAUUUAAUGACCACAAGUAACUGCAGCAAAUGCUGGUGUAUAGGACAUAAAGUGUAAUUAAAUAUUUCUUGUGCAAGUGUCGGACAUCACCGGGCAAUUUAAUUAGGUAACUUUUAAUCCCACCAUCUGCCCUUAUUUGGGGUGAAAUUUAAGUGAAAAACCGAGGGAUUUUUGCAGAAAAUGUUGUAAAAAUUAAAAUGGAAUAUAUUCAAUGAAGUACUUUAACACCCUAUCCCACUCUCCAACUCAAUAACGAGCAGAAUGUUGCCAAAGAGGUGAAAUAAUGUUUUAAUUUUAAAGCUCUAGUUGUGUUCUCGUUUUUUUUUUCUAUUGCAAAUUAUGGUAAUUCACAUAUGUAACUAAAUUUAUUGAUCAGAAUUGUGUAAUAAUGUACAAAGUUAUGAAUGUAAAUUAAUUUCGAUACUUUCAAUAAAGGAUAUUACUACACUA